GCUCUUGUUUCUCGUCAGAGCUCUUCGAUUGUCCUGUGACUGUCAAAUAUCGCGGUAGUCUCCUCCCUAAUCACUACGUAAUGUGCCGUGCUGCUUCUAGCGGCGCUGGUGACAGUGCUGAAAGCUGUUGGGUAUGAAGUGAAACGGAACUGAAUUUUUGUACCAUCCGCAACUACUUCAAGUUCAGAUCAAAAACAAAAAAAGGCUGAAGAGAAACUUCCCAAAACAAGAAACUGGUUCAAACAGCGAAGACACAGAGUCAAAGGAUCACUUCAAACACACGAAGUAACUACAUCCUGCAACAACCAAAGACGAGCGCAUCACCCCAGUUAAAACGUACACAGAAGAGAAGAAAACCUCCACACGAGCAUCUCUGACAAGACAAUAAAACUGAUCUGAAGCCAGAAGUUUGUGCCUACUCAACAGCUUUGACAAAGCACACGUCCCAACGCUGCUCCUAGCCCUAGCCCCCAUCUUCACCACACCACCGACUCUCCACCAGGCUGUGGAGUGGGCUCCUUUCUGUUUUUUUUUUUUUUUUCUUCUCUCCCCCCUUCCCUUCCCAUAGUUCCCCAUCUUUCCCUUCCUCUUCUCCUUUGACUGCUCAUUUCUUUCUUUUUUUUUUAAAUUCUCUUCUCUCUGCAGUGUUAUUGUACCUGUUUGCCUUUUUUUGAGCUAGAGGUCUCUCCCUUGGUUUGCUUUAUGCAACAAUCUACAAUUUGUGCCAGAAACCUGUAACAGGUGUGUUUGGACAACUGUGUGUGAAGAAAUCUGCAGUAUCUGCAUCGUCAUCAAGAUCCCAAAAACCACAAGAAAGACUACGUUUUAAGACAUCCAGUGGUGUAUCACUGAGUGGUUCCAUUAAGGGGGAAAAAAAUAUACUACUUAAGGCCCACCUCCUCCAAAAAAAAGAAAAAACCCAAACAAACCUCUAAUCAGUUUCCACAAGUGCUCAAGCAAGUUUUGUCCACAUUAAUGAGAAAAUAUGGGCAGCCCCUGGAAAGGCUUUGUUGAGUUUACCUUGCCUGCGUCGCCGCCCACUGCAUUUGUUAGCGCUGACCUGAACAGCACCUCCCCUGUUGGACUCAGCCUUUCGCCUUACGGGCGAUCCAUGAGUUUUGAUCCAGGGAUGCUCCAUAACAACGGACACAGUGCCUAUGCCAAUGGCACCGGCCCUGGCAUUAGAGAGACUGGUGUGGUGGAGAAGCUGUUGACUUCUUAUGGGUUCAUCCAAUGUUCUGAGCGUCAAGCGCGUCUCUUCUUCCAUUGCUCCCAGUACAAUGGCAACCUGCAAGAGCUUAAAAUAGGAGAUGAUGUUGAAUUUGAGGUGUCCUCUGACAGGCGCACUGGUAAGCCCAUAGCAGUGAAGCUGCUAAAGAUAAAGCCAGAGGUGCUGCCAGAGGAACGCAUCUCGGGCCAGGUGGGGCCAGACCUGCACGUCUAUCCAUUUACUGUGCUGCAUGGUUAUAUUCAUCCAGUUGUGUCAGCAAUCCCAGUGCACUUGGAUGGAAAGUCUGCUCCUGGCCAGGUGCCCACCGGCAGCGUUUGUUAUGAACGAAAUGGGGAGGUAUUCUACCUGACCUACACUCCCGAUGAUGUGGAGGGCAAUAUGCACCUGGAAACCGGUGACAAAGUCAGCUUUUACAUGGAAACCAAUAAACAUACUGGUGCGGUCAGUGCGCGUAACAUUCAGCUUGUGAAGAAAAAGCAAAUGAGUUGUCAGGGUGUAGUGUGUGCCACAAAGGAGGCCUUUGGGUUCAUUGAGAGGGCUGAUGUGGUGAAGGAGAUAUUCUUUCACUACAGUGAGUUCAAAGGUGAUCUGGAUUCUCUGCAGGCUGGAGAUGAUGUGGAGUUCACAAUCAAAGAUAGAAAUGGCAAGGAAGUAGCCACGGAUGUGAGACUGCUUCCCCAAGGGACAGUCAUUUUUGAAGAUAUCAGCAUUGAGCAGUUUGAAGGCACAAUUACUAAGGUCAUUCCAAAGGUUCCCACCAAAAACCAGAAUGACCCUCUGCCAGGCCGUAUCACUGCCAGGAUUGGCUUUACUGACAAGGAGUUGCCUUUUGGUGAGAAGGAUACAAAGUCUAAGGUGACACUGCUGGAGGGAGAUCAUAUACAGUUCAACAUCUCUACUGACCGUAGAGACAAACUGGAGAGGGCUACCAACAUUGACGUCUUUCCAGACACGUUCAGCUUCACCAAGGAGACCCGUGAAAUGGGGGUGAUUGCUGCUAUACGCGAUGGCUUUGGGUUUAUUAAAUGUGUUGAUCGGGAUGCCAGGAUGUUCUUCCAUUUUAGUGAAGUCCUUGAAGAGAGCCAGCUGCACAUUUCGGAUGAAGUGGAAUUCACUGUUGUGCCUGAUAUGCUGUCUGCUCAGAGAAACCAUGCAGUGCGCAUCAAGAAGCUGCCCAAGGGCACUGUGUCCUUUCACACCCAGUCUGAUCAGCGCUUUGUGGGUGUGGUGGAGAAAGAAGUUGUGGCUCCUGGGAAGAAUAUCAGUCCCAACAAGGGCAAGGACAAGAAAAAAGACAAGGGUAAAGUUGUGGAAAAGGAAGCUGAGGAAGGAGUGAUUGCAUAUGAAGACUGUGGCGUAAAGGUCACUCUGCCAUAUCAUGCCAAGGACCUGGAAGGACCGGGUCACCCACAGACUGGCGAUAAGGUGGAGUUCUCCAUCAAUGAAGUGAAGAGAACAGGUCAGCAGAGUGCAGUCUCCAUCAGGGUCCUCAACCGUAACGCUUCCAAUGCUAAGAGACUGCAGGGAUUUGUUGCCACAUUGAAGGACAACUUUGGCUUCAUUGAGACAGCAAAUCACGACCAGGAGGUUUUCUUUCAUUACAGUGAGCUGUGUGGAGAUGUGGAGAACUUGGAGCUGGGAGAUACAGUGGAGUAUUCUCUUUCUAAGGGAAAAGGAAACAAAGUCAGUGCUGAAAAAGUUACCAAAGUAGCUGCAGUGAAUGCCCUUGGUGAUGAUGUUGGUUCAACGGUGAUGCUGGGAAAAGUUAUUCGUCCUUUGCGCAGCGUGGAUCCCUCCCAGACAGAGUACCAAGGGCUUAUUGAAGUCACAGAGGAAGGUGGAUCUAAAGGGCAGACGUGUCCUUUUGGAAUUAUGGGUAUGGCAAACAAGGCAGACUGUUUGCAGAAAGGUGAACUUGUGAAGUUCCAGCUUUGCACAGUGCCCCAGACUGGACAGAAGAUGGCAUGUCAUGUAGUCCCACAGCGUAGAGCCUUGGUGGAGUGUGUUAAAGACCAGUUUGGCUUCAUCACAUAUGAGGUUGGCGAGAGCAAGAAGCUGUUCUUCCAUGUAAAAGAGGUGCAGGACGGCUUAGAGCUCCAGACUGGAGAUGAGGUGGAGUUCUCGGUCGUCCUGAAUCAACGCACAGGAAAAUGUAGUGCCUGCAAUGUGCGCAGAGUCAGUGAGGGGCCUAAGCCAGUUGCGACUCCGCGCCCUGAUCGUCUGGUAAACAGACUCAAGAGCAUCACCCUCGACGACACGAGUGCUCCUCGACUGGUCAUCCUGAGACAGCCCCGUGGUCCUGACAAUUCAAAGGGCUUCAACGUGGAACGGAAAACUCGCCAACCUGGUGUUAUUGACUGAGCGAUACAGAUUCCGCUCUGUUUAGUUUUGGUGGCAUGCUGUUCCCAAAGGGAAACGGCUGGGAUGAGGGGAAUUUGAUUAAACAUAUGCUUGAACACACUCAUAGACAACAUACGUACAAUUACAGGCAUGUGUAAUGCUUGUCCCCAUUUUAUUCUUGCAAGGGAACGCUUCACAUUCCAGUUCCCAGCUUCUAAUGUAUGUUAUUGAUGCAAAGUUCUGCAGUGCACAUGGGAUCUGAAUUUUUUUUUGUGUGUGCGCGCGUGCGUGUGACGUAUCCUAGAAAUGGUUAGCGUGUAAAGGAGGUAUUUGUUUUUUGAGGGUUUUUUUUUUCUUUUCUUAGACAUUUUUAAGGUAUAAUCUCAAAUUGAACCUAAAGAAUGAGAAAUGCAAUGCAUUAGAAAUUGUUUAAAAAUAAAUAAACAUAAGAAUGGGAAUGUCUGUGCGCUGAAAUGGGCGGGGCGAGGGGUGGAGCUGCUGCGCCUCUGCACAUUACUGUAAGUUUCAUUCAGAUUUAUUUUCAACUUUGGAGAUUAUGGCUUGAACCGUCUUCAGAGGUUCGCUUAUGUACUUUUGUUAAUGUUAUUGGAUGAAACGAUUUAAUUAAAGUUUUAUGAAAAGUA